UGUGCUCACGACGGUGUGCCUGGUUGGGAAUAUGGAGGCUGCUCAUUCAGUGUUCAGCAUGGAAUUACGGCAAGUCGAAAAUUGCUUACGAAAACACCUGUUAUACGUACUCCACUGAGAAAUGUGGAGAAGCAUAAUUUGAAAGCUGGGCGAUUAGUAUGUCCUUUCUUCUUGGUAUCUCAAUCUAAUCAUGUCUAUGCUAUGAAUUUUAGGCAGUUAAGAAGACCCUUAUUGCGUCCUGCAAGUGUCACGGCGUUUCUGGAUCAUACAACAUCUGGCAGAGUCUGCGCUUGGCGUAACCAGACCCAUGCACAAGGCGAUUGUGGGAGAUUGUGUUGUGGGAAAGGAUUC